UUGGUGGUCCUCCCGCUUCCAGGAAAGACAUGUCAGACGCUGAGGAGAUCCUGGAGGAUCAGGACGAGUACGAGCAGGAGGUGAAGGAACAGAAAGAGGAGCAGGACUACGAGGUGGAAGAGGAGGAAGAGGUGGAGGAGGAUGAAAGACACCAGCAUGAGGAAGAGUCUAAACCGCGACCUAAAACCACGUACGUGCCCAACAUCGCCCCGCCCAAGCUGCCGGACGGAGAGAAGGUGGAUUUCGACGACCUCCACCGCAAGCGCGUGGAGAAGGAUUUCAACGACCUGCAGGGCCUUAUCGAGCUGCACUUCUCCAACCGGCAAAAGGAAGAGGAGGAGCUGGUGGCCCUGCGCAACCGUAUCGAACGGCGCCGCUCGGACCGGGCCGAGCAGCAGCGGGAGCGCGCUGAGCAAGAGCGUGAACGCCAAGCCCGGUUAACGGAGGAGCGAGUGCGGCGAGAGGAGGAGGCGGCCAAGCUACGUGCUGAAGAGGAGGCCAAGAAGAAGAAGACCUUUACCAACAAGUCUUUCGGUGGCUACCUACAGAAGGUGGACCAGAAGAAGGGCAAGAAACUGACGGCGCGCGAGGAGAAAAAGAAGGCACUGCUGGAACGCCGCAAACCACUCAACAUCGACCACCUCAACCAAGACAAGCUGGCCGAGAAGGCACAGGACCUGUGGGGGUGGCUCCACCAGCUCCAUUCCGAGAAAUUCGAGCUGGGCGAGAAGCUCAAGCGGCAGAAGUACGAUAUCUACGUGCUACGCAACCGCGUCAGUGACCACCAGCGUGGGUCCAAGUCAUCCAAGACCUCGCGUUGCGCCAAGGGAAAGUCGGGCUCUUGGAAGUGACCAUGGGGAAAACACUUUUUUCAGCUCCCAGCUGUUGUAAUGGCCACUCAUCAACCCACUCUGUUAUUGUUUGU